UUUUCCUCAUCACUAGCUGAAUAUAUGUGGGUUACCAUGGCAACAUCUAGUUAUCCUGCUGCAGCUGUUUGAUUACUGACUUCCAGCUCAACAGGUGUACAGAUAAAACCUCAGCGGAGGAUCUGAAUCAUCAGGAGAAGAAUUAAUGAAAGGGAGCUGAUUUAAAUCUGAACCUCCCCUCAGAGCAGGUUAACUGUGCAGCAUCGGUUACCAUGGAGAUUUGGCUCAUCAAUAUUCUACUAAUAUUGAACAGUUUUUUCUACAUGCGGACAUUCAGACCCUGUCCACUCAGUCGAUGUUUUUAACUCCUGUCUGAUGGCAGGAACAGAAAAGCAGGUAAAAGUUCAUUUAUACAAGAACCAUAUUGUACACAGUUGCUAUUCAAAGCAGUGCAAUAUUUUAAAUUAGUUAAAUGAAAUUGCUGAUUGACAAAAACAGUGGCAAAUUAAAUUAUGGGAAAAAUAAAGUAAACAAAAUGAAGAAAAUUUAUUACAACUGGAUGAUUGAAAGUGCAGAUGCUUUAAACUAGAUUCUAUUAAAUAAAAAUGAUAAAAGCAGAAAAAAAGUAUUUAGCUUUCUUCUUAAAAUAGCUGAAGUUGGCACAAAUCUAAAUUAAAAGAACAGCAAUGUUUUAGUUCUUCAGCACUUUGGUUCCACUCUUCUUGUUUUAAAGUAUGCGUAAUAAAUAAAUUGAAUUAACCGUGGAAGUAAAUCUUUAAUUUAAUCUAAUUUAAUAAUGUAUUUUUCUCCUUUAUUUUUCCUUUCAGUAUCAAAAAUUUUUCUGUUUUUCUGAACUCUGAUAGUUUCUCCUCUGGACCAGCAGGGGGCGGUGGCAUCGCAUCACGUGGUUUCCCGUCAUCCAAUUAGAAUAACAAAUGAGCCCGAUGACGUUCAUCGGAGCCGCGCUUCCUGGUUACGGUGAAUCUCGGCUAACUGUUAGCUCCCUCUGGUCCUCCGGUUCAUGUUCAUCGCGGCGGCUCCUCCGGGCGGUGACACACGGACGCUGACAUCCAGACUGUCGCGGUAAAUCCUUCGGGAUGUCUUUCCGGGAGAAGCCGGCCCCCGGCAGGGUGCUGCUGGACGACACGGUUCCUCUGACGGCGGUGAUCGAAGCCAGCCAGAACCUGCAGUCCCACACGGAGUACAUCAUCCGAGUGCAGAGGGGCGUGUCCUCAGACAACAGCUGGCAGGUGAUUCGACGCUACAGCGACUUUGACGUCCUCAACAGCAGCCUGAUGGUUUGCGGCAUCAGCCUCCCGCUUCCUCCUAAGAAGCUGAUCGGAAACAUGGACAGAGAGUUCAUAGCAGAGAGGCAGCGAGGACUCCAGACCUACCUGGACUCCAUUACCCAGCAUCCCCUGCUCUGCAGCUCCCUGACCGUCAAGAAGUUCCUGGACCCCAACAACUACUCAGCCAACUACACGGAAAUCGCCCUGCAGCAGGUUUCCAUGUUCUUCAGGUCGGACCCCAAGUGGGAGGUUCUGGAGCCUCUCAGAGACAUCGGCUGGAGGAUCAGGAAGAAAUACUUCUUAAUCAAAAACAAAGAGCAGCCCAAAGAGAGAUAUCUGCUGAGCUGGGUGGAUCUGGGUCCUGAUAAGUUCCUGUCAGAUAAAGACCUUCAGUCUGCCAUGAAGCUGCUCACCAGCCUGUCUACGCCGUAUCUCUGUCCGCUGUUGUUCUCCAGCACCAGCGAAUCUUCAGCUCUGCUCAUCAGACCCUUCACCGAGACAGGAUCUCUGAGGGACCACAUCUGUAAGGUGAAACCCAGAGAAAGUUACCUGAAGAAGUACUGCAACCCGAAGAAGAGUCAAGGCCUGGAGCUGCCGCACAUCAAGCUGUGCGGCCGUCAGAUCCUGGAGGGUCUGAAGCUCCUCCAGGACGGCGGCGUGUUUUACGGCCACCUGCACGCGUCCAACGUCAUCGUGGAUGAAGGCGUGUGUCGACUGAUGGACGUGGAGAACGGCAUGCUGGGAGUUCCCUCAGCGCUGCGACCGGCCUUCACCCAGCUCAGGAAGAUCAACACCACAGAGAGCAUCGACGUCUUCUGCUUCGGACAUUUACUGUACGAGAUGACGUACGGCCGACCGCCAGACAGCGUCCCCGUAGAUCAGUUUCCCGACGCCCCCCACACAGCCGUGGUGUCGGUGCUGCAGUCCAUCCUGUCCACAGAAGCUUGUAAGAGCGGGAUGCCCACGCUGUCACAGCUCAUCCAGUCACCACUCUUCAGUGACGUCCGGCUCCAACACUCAGAGAAACUUCAGAUCAAGGUUCCCAGUCGGCUAAAGGAGGCGCUGAAGACGGCGAAGGAGAGUCUGGAGAAAAGACUGCAGGAGGAGCAGAGACUGCUCCACCAGCACCGCAGGCUGACCAGAGCUCAGUCCCACCACGGCUCAGAGGAGGAGAGGAAGAGGAGGAAGAUCCUGGCGAGGAAGAAGUCCAGACAGUCGGCUUAUGAGAACGAAGAGGACGUCUCUGUCAGAAACAACAACAACUCUGGUUCUGGAGCCAGCUCUCCUCCCACAUGUCCUUCCUCCCCCACGCCUCCAUCCACCACAGGAUCUCAUGCUGCUCCUCCUCCACCUCCACCACCUCCCCCUCCUCCUGCUAUGCUGGACUCUUCCUCUCCUCCUCCUCUUCCUCAGUCCUCUGACGGAGCAGGAGGAGGUCGCGCCGCCUUGCUGAGCUCCAUCCAGAGCUUCAGUAAAGGCAAACUGAAGAAGGCCGACACCGUUGACCGAAGCCAACCCGUCAUCUGACCCCGUCCACCGAUCCGGACCUCCCCGAGAUGUGAAAACGAAUCACUAAUGGAAAAAAAAAAGUCCAAGUACCAUUUUUAGGUUUUAUCGCUGUUCCCGCUUUUUCUGCUUUUAAGUUUUUGUUUUCAAUCUGUUGCUGUGGUUGAAGAGACGCGAGGACGGGUGGGAAACGUCCUCCCUUUCAAACACUCUUCGAGUUUAAGAAACAGCUUCCAAGCUGAAUAUGAUGAUCUUGUUUCUUCUGGUCCUCCGCUGGCUUCACUUCUUCUGUUCUUUGGGCUCAUAAACGCAGCGGUGGAACGUGGGGAUUAUGAAACUCUGGAGCUGCUGUGGAUGUUAAGUUCAGCUUGAAUCGACGCUGAGCAGACAGACCGGGCCGAACUGCAGCUUCCCUUCUUUGAAAUCAUCUCUGACCUUUGGCUUGUAGUCUGAGAACUCUGCUGAGACUGUUUCACUGCAAAUAAAAUGACCAUCAAUAAGUCAUUUCUGUCUGUAUUAAAGUCCCAAAAUCAUCAAAAAGAGCAAAACAAUCUGCCAGUGCAGCGUUUUGACGGAAAUCAGAGUCUUUAUUUUGCAAUUUUCCAGAAAUAAUCAGAAAGAAACGAGGGAAGUUGUUAUAUUUAAAGAAAAAAUGUUAAAACUUGAAGUUGGACGUACUUGCAAGUAGAUUCACAUUGCUCUCACCAAACUGGAGAUUUAUUUUAUUACUCAAAUACAGACAAAACUGACUUGAUGAGGAGGGUUUUAGUUGCAGCGUGUCCAUCUGAACAGGUGAGUUGUAGUCCCGCCUGCUCUUCUUCUGUCCUGCGUUUGUCUCAGUUAUGAACACGAAGAACGUCCACGUUUUUGUCUGAAAGUAGCAGAAGAUUCCAUGAAGCAGCUAAAAAAAACGAAGCUACAUUAACGUGCGCUUUCAUCCAAGUGUUUGUUUGCACACUUUCUAUUUGCACAUGAAAAAAGAAAAGAGGGGAAAAUGUAAAAACAUUAACUAUUAGCCGGUUUGUCUAUAAAAACGCAGUGGAGACGGACGGAUUUAAGGAAUCACAUGCGACUUAAACGACCACAGAAAAGAUAAAAACAUCGUCUGUGUGGAGCGGAUAGAAAACUGUUGGUUUUCAUUUAAUCAUCUUGUUGCGUCUCUUCUGACGUUUUAUCCCCCAACUCCGAGUAUUAAUACAGCACAGAAACGCCAAAAAAGUCGUAAUUUUUUGCCCCAAUUUUUUGUAAAUCUUGUUUGAUAGAUGCCUCAUUAAAGAAGGAUAUAAGCAAUCAGAAUAUAAACCCCAUCCGGUAUUAAAGCCGUACGAAUUCAGGAGAUGUUCAGGUUAAUUUUACUGAAGAAAAUAUUACAGCUGAGCGACGAGCAGAUGGGUUUUGGUUGUGUUUUGGGUGUGAAAUUAAUCAGAAAUGAUGGAGUUCUCUACCAGCGACUGCAGCAGGAGGUUAAUAAAAGAAUGACUAGCAGUAUGGAAGGCUUAGCUUCUGUGCAGCAGAAUGAAACUUUCUGUUUUCCACUGGCCUGUAAACGUUUUAAGACGCAUACUGCUGCUUUUUUUUUUUUUGUUGAGCCUAUUAACUUCAAAUCACAUACUGCAGAUUGAGUCAUUUUUAAUCAGGUUUCCUUCUGUCCCAGAAGCCGUCGAUUUCAGUUCAGUUGCUAUGAAAACUUCCUACGGUCAACAGUACGUUAUAGUCAAUGUUUAAAGUCCUACUGACAUCGGAGAGUACCAGAUGAACCAGGAAGGGGAGAUGAAACAUGGUAUCUCCGAGUCCUAAGCAAUGGAACCAACUGAAGGACCAGAUUUUAGAAACCAGCGAUGCCAUUAAGAGAGUAUCAGCUUUCAGUGUUACCUGUUGAACUAACUGAACAUGUUGAUUCUACUGCUGGUAGAAGCCUCAAAAGCUGGUGAAAUGUCAACCAAAGUCUGUAUUUUUAGUAGGAAGGAUGGAUCCAUCCGUAUAUAUAUAUAUAUAUAUAUAUAUAUAUAUAUAUAUAUAUAUAUAUAUAUAUGCACUUACAGGGACUUUCAGGCACCACAGUAUCACUCUUGUUUAGAAAUUUUCCACUUUUUUCCCAUUUUCAUGGGCCAGUAAUUUCACAUUUACCCUCUGCUGGAGCCAUUCAAUCAUUUGUUUCAGCUGUAGACUAUUUUAUUUGUGAUAUCUUACCAGAAAACCAUUUUAAGGGUUCAAUAUCUACAGAAAUAAAACUCCUACAGCCAUGAAAUUUAGUGAGAAUUUAGACAGAAUAGAUUUCAGCAGAUCUAAAUGAUUAAAUGGCUCCAAUAAAGAACAUAUUUUAAAUUAUUGACUCUUGAAAAUGGUAAAAGUGAUAAGUUUUCAAUCGAAGGUGGUAUUGGGCUUCCAGAAAGUUCAUGCAAGUGUAUAUAUUUAUAAGGAUGGAUCCAUCUUUAAAAUUAAAAACACAGUCAACUUUGGACGUCUCUAAAAUUGGUAGAAUCUGAUGUGUAGCAAGUUUGGCAAGACAAGGGUCCAGUUUUGAGUUAUUCUGACACAUUAGUGAUGUGGAUUCAUUGGUAGGAGCUCAAAUUUUAUGUUUCUGAAGCUGUUGAAGCUUUUAAAUGGGUUCCCCAAUGAGACGAAGUUUUUUUGAAGGUGAAAAUCCAAAAUUUGUCACCUCAGAAAACAUGAAAAUCUCAAAAUGCAGCCCAAAUUGUUGUUUGGACUCAAAAAACAAAUAGGUAAACAGAAUUUGGAGGAGGGAAGCAACACCGACCCAGUUUCUGGACUUGGACUUUACGGUUUGACGGUUUCUAAGUAACUAGAAUCUGAAAGAUACGACAUAAAGCUCAUUUGUCCGAUGAGAUUCACGACUUUGAAACCGUUCCUGCUCAGACCUGCAGUAAUAUGAUGUAAAAAAAUCAGAAAUCUGGUAAAGUCCUCAGAGACGUAUAAAGAAGGAAACCAGUCACAUCCUUGUUCUGCAUUUGGUUAAAUCUCAGCUGACAGGAACACUAGAGAACACUUGAACCCUCCACAGAGCUCCGUCUGCCUUCAUGUGACGCCGUUCAGGGUUAAUCUCACACCCAGGUUGCUGAUAUUUUUAUUUUGUUUUAAUUCAUUUGUGUUUUAAUGUCUGUCAAAGUGAGAUUUGUUUAUUUUAUUGUGCCAUGUGGGUCGCUGUGCCUACGGAAGUCUGAAUGUUUAUUUUGUUUUAUCGUAUUUGACAAUAUGGUGCCGAUGAUAUAUGUAAGGAGCUCUGGUGGUGAGGAUGCUAACGCUUCAGCACACAGCUUUACGUGGUAUUUUACAAUAAUCCGUUAGCCUGUAAGAUAAGAGUGUCGUCACUGGGGCGUCUUUGGAUUGUCUAAUUUGACCGACAGUUUAAAAAAUAUUCCAUCUGCAAUGAUACGAAAAACGACAUCGCUUAGCUUUUUUUCUUCGCCGUUCAAUGUCAAAUCUUAGUUUUGGAGGAAAAACAAAAAUCCAGAUCAAGUUUCGUCCAAUUAUUUUGAAGAUCUUGACAUUUAAACUGUAAACAAAUCAAAUCAGGGUCCUUGUAAAAGCAGCUCUGGAGGUUUUGGUCGUAACACAUGAUCUGUUUCAUGAAGAUAUUCCGUGAGGUCGAUCCAUAGCUUCAUAAAAAUCUACUAAAUGGACUUUGUUGUGAGUUUGUUUGCCAUAGUUAAAUAUUUAAUUUCAAGAUGCAAACUGAGUCUUAAAGGAAUAGUUUUCAGAACAUUUUCAGAAAGACGCUUAUCUGCUUUCUUUCUAUGUUUGUUAAACCUGCAGUGCCAAUCUUUUGUCUCCCCCUGCUGGCAGUGAGAGUCAUUACACAAACAUUGUUGAUGCCCAAUUAUGACAUAUGCCUUCUUUGGAUAGUUUUUUUUUUCCUUAUCUGGUGCAUCGGAAACCUUUAGUUGGCACUUCUUAGGUUUUCCCAUCAUGCUCCUUGUUGCCUUUCUCAGCUCCAUAAAAGCCAGUCACUACUGGUUGGUCUAAAUCACGUCGCUACUGUUGCACCAGUGCAGGAAUCUCACCACAGACACCAGAGUUAAAACCCAGAUAUACUGAAACAUAUAUAGAGAGAUUUAUCUGGCUUGAGUGUUCAUUUGUAUGCAGAAGUCUCCUGCUUAAAAUACAAUUACAGCUAAUUAGCUUAGCUUGGUGCAACAAAUGGAAAUUAACUAAACACUUUGCAGAGAUCAACCUGAAAAAAAAACCCACAAAGCUGCCAAACAGAAACGAAAUAAUAAAAUGAGAUCCAGCCUGUUUAAUUUGUGGUUUAGAUCUUGCUAAAACACUUGGAUCCAGUAUUUAUGCUAAGGUAAACUAGCCGGCUACAGAUUUUUAUUUUAUAUAUAUAUAUAUAUAUACUGGUCAGUGGUACCAAUCAUCCAUUUGUCCAUCAAAAACACAACACGACUGUUCUGCUGGAAAACCUUCAGUCCUGCAUUCAUAUAGAUGUUACUUUGACACCUAGGCAUUUCUGCAGACCAUAAUCACCCUUUCGUUGCUGCAAUUUUCGCCAACAGCAGGAUUAUUCUCAAACAAAUAUUGUUUAGGGAAGAUUCAAGAAGUUCAAGGUGUUGAUUCAACCUCCAGACUCAUCGGAUCUCAGUCCGAUGGUUCUGUAUAAACAAGUCUGGUUUGUGGAAGUCUUACUUUAGUUUCAAAGAUCUGUCAAAAUUAUGUAUUUUUGAGUACUUUGAGAUUAAAAACCUUCUUGGGAUUACAACUCUGUACCCACACUAAUAACUGUAUACUUUUAACUUGAGUUUUUGAGUUCACCUGACCUGCUGUGUGCUGGAGUGUUGGCGAACAGAGCAGCUGCUGGAGCCGAUAUUGUUGGGAAUAUUGAAUUCGGGUGAAUCCUGCAGCCUGCAGAUCACUAUAAAACCAAGUUUUGGCGCUCCGAGCUCAAAUCAGUCUUUAUUAUUCAGUGCAAUCCGGCCCGAUGCCAACGGUCUUUAAAUCAUAUGAGAAUGUCUCUCUGCAGCACUUUAGAGGGGUGGAUGACCAGUCCAGUGGUGUGUUUUGUGUUCAUGAAAACAGUUUGCAGAAUAACCUCAGAGGCAGUGUCUUAUUAGUUUGGUGUGAAAACGCUCUGAAAUCUGCAGGUUUUAGGAAUGUAUGUGCUGCAGCUGCAAAAAGUCUUCAUCAACAUGGAAAUAAAAAAAAUCAACGCUGCUGUGAUAAAAUGAUUCCUGUAUCAAUAAAUAUUUGAUUAAAAAAUG